GCUAUUUUUUCCUAUUAAAUGCAGCGAGCUACAUAUUUUUUUCCAACUCGAAUACUUUGACUGUAUGCAAACCACAUCAGCUAAAAUAUUAUUCUCCAUCAGAAGGAGGGGGGGGGGGUAAAAUUCACAUAUAUUUUCCCCAUUAUGGACUAAUUUGCCAUGAUAAGAGAACACAGUGAUAAAGCUAUUCUGUUGAUACGGUCCUGCUUCAUUUUGUAAUACCUUUUAUAUAAAGGCCCCAAACUGAACAAUGCCAAUUAAAACGUAGUUCAAUUAUCACGCUGUCUUAACACAAGCCGUUUGUCACUCUGAACAAUGCCAAUCAAAACGUAGUUCAAUUAUCACGCUGUCUUAACACAAGCCAUUCGUCAUGGUAACGGCAUAAUGACAAUGAGGUGACUCUUGCCUGCAGUUUUCGUAUGAAGAAAAAAUUGUGGGCAACGUCAGAGCUGCUGUAUCCAUCUUAAAAGCAUGUCAUGGUUUCUGGAGAACUUAAUCUUGAUACUUUUCUUGCUACUUUUAGUCAGCAACCGGAGUUUUCUCCAAGCCUCCUGCCCGCCCGGCUGGCUGAAAUGGCGACAGUCUUGCUACAUCCGACUCCCUAACAGGAUGAAUUGGUUUGAGGCUUCGGAGGCUUGUAACCGACCAGGAGGCAGCAUGAUUGUGCCCAAUUCAAGGGAGGAAAACCUCUUCAUCUGGGAGUCAUUGGUAAAAGGUACCGGUGGACUCUGGAUUGGCUGUACGGAUGCGGCUCAAGAGGGUGUCUGGCUGUGCGAUGGUCAGCCUGCACAAUACACCAACUGGCAUCCGCGCUACCCAAGCAGAAGCAAUAAACGUAACUGCGCCCGUAUAUCCACCUACGAAGGAUGGCGUUGGGUCGAUAAGACACUUUGCAAUAGACAGCGAUUUGCUGCCUGUGAGAUGACACCCUCUUCGGUACCAGCCUACCACACCUUCACCGGUCCCGAUGGGCGUGUCCCCCAGCGAUGCCUCCUCCAUCACGACAUCAAGAAUCUGACGGCAGAGGGCUUGCUUUCCUGUGGCUGGGCGUGCUGGGCCGAUCCCCGAUGCCGCUCCUUUAAUCUCUGGCAGAGCAACAAGAAAGAAAAGAUGUGUCAACUCAAUGACGUCACUCGUCUUGUGGCUGAUGACAACGACUUCAAGGCAACCGACAACUGUUACUUUUUUAAUUUGUGAAAAUAUUUCACCGAAAGAACACUUGCCGUCAAUGCUCGGACGAACACUAUACUACUGUUGGAAAUACACUGAUACCUUAUUACGCAUUAACAUUAUAAAUACACUGCUGAUUGAUUGGAACUCACAAACAUCGAUGCCUUGUUUUAGAAGUAGCUGAGUUUAAGGUUAAAAUCUCAAUCUCAAAUUUGCCGUAUUUGUGUUUUGUCACGGGAUGAACAACAUACAAUCUGGAUGCCAGUUGAAAUCGUCUGUUCAUGUCAUCUUCAUUGGACUCGAACAUUGACUGUUUCUUUUUUUAAUUUUUGAACAUCAUCAUCCAAAGUGAGUUAAGUUUAGAUGUACAUGUACCAACAAGAGGUUGUAAAAAGUAAGUGUGAACAACGAAUAUUAAUGUAUUCUUCGUUAUUUAAAAAACAAAGACUUAAACAUUGUUGUUUUCAUGGUAGAUCUGUCGUGGGAAAUUAUGAGUUCCUAAAUAAGUUGCAACAGGGGCGGCGGAACCGGGGGGGGGGCGGGGGGGGGGAAACUUGCCCCCAAGAUUUUUCCAGGAUAACAAAAGUUCCCCUCUCGCGUUUAUAAAUGUGCCCCCUCGAGAUGAAAACAAAACUGCCCCUCAAACGCACACAUAAAAG